AUGAUGAAGAGGGUAGAGGAGACAAGUUUGUUUAAAGGGUUCAAGGUGAAUGAAGCAACUACUUACAAUAUGGUGCAAUUUGCUGACGAUACUUUAUUCGUGGGAGAAGGUAACUGGGAGAACCUCUGGUGUUUCAAGGCGUUUCUCAGAGGUUUUGAAAUGGUUUCGGGAUUGAAGGUUAACUUUCUCAAAAGUAGCUUGUGUGGGAUUAAUUUGAAAGAAGAAUUCCUUGUUGUUGCUUCUACCUUUCUCCACUGUGCGACAAGUUCAAUUCCUUUCAAGUUUUUGGGAAUAAUGGUAGGCGAUAGUCCGCUUAAAGCUAAGCUUUGGAAUCCUGUUCUGGAAGUGUUUAGGAAGAGAUUUAGGGUAUGGAGAGGCAAGAAUUUGUCUAUAGGGGGAAGAGUGGUUUUGAUCAAUUCAGUGUUAAAUGCGCUGCUGAUUUUCACUCUCUCGUUCUAUAAGGCUCACGUGGUAGUUUUAAAGGAGAUUAUCAAAAUUCAAUCCCGUUUCUUGUGGGGUAGUUCCUCAAACCAUAAGCCUAUACAUUGA